UGGGGGGUUUUAGCACAUUUUAGAAAGGGGGUGUGUACGUUAGGCCGUAGAUGGUGCAUAAGGAUCGAAACAAGGGAGAAGUGGCAGCAACCGGAAAAUGGGAGGGGGCAGAAUUGAACAUGUAUGAGUUGGGGAUAGCGGCAAGAACCAGUGUUCGAUAAGUAGGGAGGGUUGAAAGACUAAAACACGAGAGGCACGGAAUCUCGGUGGGUGCAGCAAUCGGACUAAGAAAGCAGGAAAGGAGACAUUGCGAGAUGGCCUGGCGAAUGACGUUCUGGGAGGAUAGACCUCGUGGGAUCCUGCCACCAAGAAUAUCAGAAGGCAGGGUCGAAAUAAGCCUGCCGGCAAGAAAUGCGGUAAGCAAUUCGGUAAUGGACUUGGUGGGGGUAGAGUUGGUGGAAGAUAUGGUGUACUUAGUAGUGGAGCUGGAAUGGCGUGCGAGAGGGGAGUUCGGGGGCGUAAACUUGAACCUCCCAGGGCGUGUACAUGCGACGGGAUCCUUACACCUGUCGGAAGGGGGAUGGCGGACCUUUGGGAUUGCUUUGGCUUCCGGGGAGGACCCCGUGCGAAUGUUCGAAGGGGCAUGGCAAAUAACCUGGCGGGAGGGGUUUGAGUUUGCAGACCCGGAACGAGAUGACGUAACGGCGGAGGUAAAAGUCACCGCGGCGGGGGUUUUCGAGCUGCCAAAUGAGGUUGGAAUUACCAAGGCAACGAUGGCAGCAAGACGUGAGCGAAUGGAGCGCCAGCCCCGUGUGCGAAUGGAACGCCAGCCCCAACUAGGCAAAAUGGCAACGGAGGAGGAGACAAAUAACCGUAAGAGUGAAGGAGAACCAGGCUUAGGAGCCAGUGCCGCACAAAGCGAAAGGGGGCAGAAGGACAGAGAAUCGACAAAUCCGGAUGGUACCAAAGGAAACCGGAAGGAAAUCUCCACAGGAGAAAGCUCGGGGAAAGCCGGGGGAAGCUGGCAAGGGACUCCGGAGACCAAGGAGGGCAGAAAUAAGGAUAGGACAAGCCCCCGAAGCUCGGAAGGAGCCAUGUCUAAGAAAGUAAGGGUCACGGAUGCGAGGCACAAACUAGCCAACAUAAAAAGGAGAACCGCGGAGAACGAGGCAAGAUUGAUGGAGGAAAUGAUGACUGGGAACGAAGAAGGCCCUCUGCAGGAGGUACCGCGGGACGAACGGAAAACCAGGGGCGGAACUAGGCAAGGGGACAAGGGUAGUGACCGUGGGGGAACGCCGAGCAAAAGAAGGAAAGAGAGAGAGAACUCGUCGGGAAUGGAGGCAGAGAAGGCUACGACCCCGUCGGCCAUAGAUAGUAGGGCUAGCCGUCUGCCGACCACGCCAGCAGUAUCGCGAGGAUGCGAAGGGCUCUGGAGCCUCAGAGAAAGGGUGUUGGGAUGGUUCGACCCGGAAGGAACGGCAAAGACUAGAGGGCCAGAUACCAGCAUGGCAGGCGAGGCCAGUAGCUCCGAAGGCGGCCUUAGGAAGAUAGUAUCAUCCCUUAUACGAGCACUGAACAAGAACCAAGGCUAUCUGGCAGACGCCAAGAAAAAGCAGACUUUCGAUGGAGCAAACAUCACGGAGUUCCUGAUCGACUUCGAGAACCUAGUUGCGUUGCUAAAGUGGAUCGAGGAGGAAAAGAUGGACCAUCUAGGACAGCAUGUGUCGUUAAGCCUAGGACGGGACAUAAUGGCCAUUGUAGCCGCAAGCCGGUCUUGGAAGGAGACCCGGGAUGUGAUGAUGAGGAAGUACCUAGCGGCAGAGAAAAUGGCAACGGAGGCCGACCUAGCGGCACUUCGGAGGAAGAACUUCGCAACGUACAAUGAUUUCCUACGAGAAUUUACUCUAGUAGCACUAAGGAUCCCCGGGGUCACGGACCGGAUAAUGAGCAAAUAUUUCCUCAGGCAGUUCUCCGAGUUCGACAAAGAUAAAAUCCUGUCAGCUUACCAACAGACGAGCAAGUUCGUAAACACGCGGGAUGUUGAUUUUAGCACGGUAACGGAUCUGGCUGAGAAAACGGUAGUAACAGAAACGUUGGCCUUGCUCAAGGAAGGAGAGAUCAUAGAUCUGACCGGUAGGACGAGCGACAAGGUAAAGAAGGGAAUUGAAAGUCAACAUGAACGGGUGCACGGGGUCGACAAUACGAUUGAAAGGAUGGAAGGCGCGCUACUGGUUGUGCAGGCGCAAGUAUCCCGACCCGCCCUCCCUCCCCAGGAAGCUGUGGUUCCGCCAGGUGUAGCCAACCAGGGAUUCAGACGGAAAGAUCCUGCUAACGAGCAAUGCAAAUCAUUAAAGGGGGAGAUAUUUGGACCACAAGGGGAACGGGUGAACUGGAACUCGCCAGGAGGGAUGCGGCGAGCCAUUAUCAUGUUCAACGGGUUAGAAAUAACAGCCGUAGAAGCCGAACCGGUGGGCGAGAUCAUCUGGGAUCAACUCCGAGGGCGCGGGCCUCAGGCCAACUUUAUUUUGGAAAACGACGGACGUGAUAGGGUGAACGCAACCACUCGACUGGGAACAGCCGGGAGAAGGAUUAACCGUGACACCAUUAUGGAGGAGGUGGCCGGAAGCUCCGAACCCCAGGCAGAGCCUGAGGCCGAGGAACCAGAGAAAGUCUAUGGGAAGCCUAGGGAAGAGGAGCCUGCGGACAAGGUUACCGCCGCUAAGAAGAAGUUUCGGUAUCAAAUCCCGAUCUUAACAUUGCCUGAGCUCGACGACACCAUUAGCAAGUUACUAGGAACCAUGGUGUCGGUGUCUUUUCAGACCAUGCUGCAGGCUAGCCCUAGGUUGCUCAAAGGGCUCAGACAACUGUUGACUCAGAGGCGAGUAGAAAUAGACGACAACCCCGAAUUACCAGAAGGGGAGAGGGAGGAGGAAGCUCCGCAAGAAGUGGCUAACCUUCAGAGGAGUCACGGGGACUUGGAGGAUCUCGAAAAAGCCUUUGCAGACAUUCGUUUGAGCUUGCCCGACAGGGAGGGCGGCGAAGUCAUGAGAUCACCACUCGAGACAAAGCUUAGCUUUCAUGCACUGCCCGUAGGGAAACUGAAAAUCCAGAUCGGGACUCCUCAUACCGACGCGUUAGUAGACGGGGGGGCAGAAAUCACUCUCAUAAGACGAGAUUUCGCAACGAUCACAGGAUGUACGGUAAACAAGGAAGUAACAGGGAGCAUCCGAGGAGCUGGCGGGGAAAUCCCGUUCGCUGGGUACGUCACGAAGUGUGCUGUGAAGGCAGGGGUCAGAGAAUCGAUCUGGUCGUUUCAGCGGAUGACCGUAAUGGAGGAAAUGGACCACGACAUAAUCCUCGGAAGACCGUGGUGCGCGAACGUGGAGAUGAUAGGCAUGCACUUGCACGGUGGCUCAUACAUGGUAGACAUAGAGGACCCUGUAACCGGCCGGGGAGAGCUCCUCCGACUCCUUGGAACGGGAGGAGACCCCCCGAAGGGGAAAUUGGCAACAUGGUCGCCGUCGUUCGAGGAUAGCACGCGAAAAGGGGCUUUCGCACGGAUGGAGGGUAUGAGAGAAAGGGUAAAAAUCAUGAUUGAGGAAGCAUUCAACAAGAAGGAGUGGAUCAAGAUGGGCCUGCCCCAGAAGAAGAGGAGGCAGGAGGACGAAGUCCUAGGUGUUAUGGUAGCAGAAAAGGAGUCAGAGGUUGAACUUGGUGCUAGCCUGCCCAAACGGAAAGAAGUACGCAUAGACGUGCCAGAAAUCGCACUCGAGAUCCCCGAGCUAUUGCAACUCAUCAAGGCCCUCAGAUACCACAAGGUAGGAGUGGAUUCGGCAGCCUUGGCCAAGUUCGAGAGAGAGGUGCAAAAGGGAUAUUGCCUGAAUGGGAAACUAGUUAGUAUUCAACCACGAGUCGUAGAGGCGACGGGAGCAAUUCCGACUGUUCAUUUUUUAGGAGAAAGAUCCCGGAAGGAAGUGUUCGAAAGCGCGCAGGAGAAGGACGAGACGGAAGUCCAGCCAGGGAUCCGACGUUUUGUGUGGGAACACCUGCAGGACAUCAAGGACUUACUCCGCCGGUUCCUAGUAUACAACAUUACGGCUAGUGGACCAAAGAGUAUCCUAGCAGUACCAGAGGUAACUAUGCUAGGAUUUCGUUGCGGUGCUUACGGCAGGAAGCCGAAUCCGGCAAAGACCGACAAGAUAUCACAGUGGCCGACACCACUGCGCACGACGACGGAGGUAAGGGCAUUCCUAGGCGUAGUCGGCUUUUGGAGGAUCUUCAUUAAGAACUUUGCCAAGAUUGUUGAGCCUAUUCGGGCUAUGAUCAGGGAAGAAGGAACCAUGGAUUGGACAGAGGAGCGAGAAGGAGUUGUCCAAAGGCUCAAGGACAUAUUGACAUCUGAGACAGUCGCCCUGUCCGCGCCUUGUUUUAAUGACAAAGUGGGACGACCCUUCAUCCUAGAGAUGGAUGGAGGACCUUUGGCCGUAGGAGGUGUGUUGAUUCAAAGGGAUGAGGGAGAAAAAGAGAGGCCGAUUAGGUUCGAAAGUAGAACCUUGAAGUCCACAGAACAGCGGUACUCGCAAUUCAAGACGGAAGUCCUAGCCAUCCUGCAUUGCCUUAAGACCUUCCAGGCCUACCUAUUUGGGAGGCGGUUCAUCUUAAGGAUCGAUCCGACGAAUGUCGACGAAUGUCGCAGGGGCUCUAAAGAACUACAGGCCUAUGGAUCCGACGAUAGGGAGAUGGGUAGGAUUCAUCUGGCAGUUCGAUUACAAGAUCGAACGGAUUGCUGGAAUCCGCAACAAGGCAGAUGGGCUGAGUAUAUCCUGGAUGCGCGAGACAACCUGAACGGGUUCGUGGAGGCAGUCGCCCUCAAGAAAAAGACAGGGAGGAGUGUGGCGGACUGGAUAGAAGACUUCUACUUGAGGCAUCCGUUCGUCAGGAGGUUUAUAGCAGACAAUGGGACGGAGUUUGUGAACCAAGAAGUAUUGGGGAUGCUUAAGAGACUCUGCAUACCAAUCAAACUCAUCGAGCCGUAUCACCCUGAGGCCAAUGCACCUGUGGAAAGGGGGCACUGAACCUUGAAGAACACGAUUGCAAAGCUCGCAGCGGACCAUCUGGGGAACUGGCCUAGGUAUCUUAAGCAGGUUGUCUUUGCAGAGAAUAUGACCCCUAAAAGGACAACAGGAUGUAUCCCGGCAGAGCUUUGGUACGGAAGAGAGAUCGACUUUCCUGUGGAAGCCUUGGUACCUACCUGGAAUAGGAUAAAUGAUGAUCCGCAAAUGACCACUGAAGAGUUAAUCGAGGCAAGAUGUCAACAAAUUCUUAAGAAUGAG